AUGCCUGACGACGUCCUCGACACAUCUUUAGACUCUGGAUCACUCGCCGUGAUGGGUUCCGCUUCAUCUUGCAAUGUCAACAAAGAUUAUCCGGGCCCCGCCACCGAGGAUCCCAACUACAUAGCACCAACCCCGAAGCCUUCAUCUCUUCCCCCUGAUGCGCAGGACGUCGAGUACUCCUCCGUCGACGACCACACAGUGAAGGAGCACCAUGACGUAAACACCGCCGCCAGUGCCAACGAUAUCAUCAGUGAACACCCUGCACACCACUCUAGCAGGCCUCCAAAUAUCGCGCGGCUCAUAUCCUCAUGCGACUCUCUAGAAUGUUCCCCUUUACGCCUGGAGUGUAUAUAUCGCGGACCGGGACCCUUCCAAUGUCUCCUCCCAGGGAAUGCAGGAGCUGAAGAAUACGCGGAUGCGUCCUACGCCACGCUGGACGCAAUCCUUCGGCAGUACAAAGGUCAGAUUACCUCCAUGGUCUUCGACGCAUCAUCUCUACCAAACCCCAAUGAUCCCGCGGAAAAGACGUAUCCCAUCCACCUUCCCCUCACCCGUUCCGCAGUGACGCAUGGUGAACACGCAGAUGACCAUCCCGGUCCCGCGUUUGUCAUGCCUGAACUGCUCAGCCUCAAGAUCCACACCAGUCGCCGGAUUUCUCUCAGAUCGCUGUUUCAAUUCCUGCAAUGCACCCCCGUGCUCCAAACGCUCUCUAUCCACGCCGCCACCCUCCAUUGCCCACCCAUAUAUGCCGAGACAUGCGAAGACCUGCCGAAGGUCAGCCUGCCAUACAUGCAGCAAGUGGACCUCCAAGGCUUUUUCGCCGACACGGCCGACCAGCUGCUCUCUAAGCUCGUCAUGAACGCCGGCACGCAUGCCAACAUCCACCUCAACCCGGGUUUCCCUUCCCAGCACAUCUCCGGACUGCGCCCCAUGCUGUCCCGCGUGCGCUACGCAUGCCUCUCCUACACCGCGCUGGAACGCGGCCGCGACGCAGGGAGCCGCGAUCGCUAUGUAUUCUCCUUCUCCGACGUCGACGCGCGCGUCGCGGUGCACUGGGACUGGGACAUGGCCGCGGGCGACCCCGCGAGCCUCUUCCUCGUCACGCUCGACCCUGGGGGCGCUGCGCUCGCGCGCGUACACACGCUCACCGUCGCCGUCCGCGGCGUCGCCCUCCCGAGCUUCUCCGACUGGUACACCGUCCUCAGGCCGUUCCCCUCGCUGCGGCACCUGGACCUACAUGUCACGCCGCGGCCAGGACAGGGACCCGACGCAGCGGACCCGCUCGCCUGCGACGUGCGCACAGCCACGUUUCGCCUCCGGGGCGCCGCGCUGCUGGGGCGAGUCGCGAAUGUGCCGCUGGUGUUCGCGCUCGGGCUCGCCGAAUACUGUCAUCCGGAGGGGGCGUUUCCUGGGGGUGUUCCGGUGAUCUUUGGGCCCUUCAAGUGGCUCUACUCGUUUACUUGGAGGUGUAUGGUGCGCCAAUUGGCCGAGUGA